CCGCCGGCAUUUUAAGUAUUAGCAGCCGCCGCACUUAAUAUUUGCCAGCACAGGGCUCUGUGUGGCGGACGCGUUUAUAAAUUUUAUAAAAUAAAUAUAAAUAAUAUAAAUUAAAAAUGGGAGGGGGAGAUUUGAAUUUAAAGAAAUCAUGGCACCCACAUACGAUGAAAAACCAAGAAAGGGUAUGGAAAGCGGAACAAGCCAAGACUCAGGAAGAGAAGAAACUUAACGAUUUACGUAGAGAAAUCGAAGAGGAAAAAAAUCGUGAGGAACUAAAACGUAUCGGAAGAGAAAGUGGUGUUCUAGGAGGCAGCCAUGAAGGUGAUAAAAAACUGGACUGGAUGUAUAAAAGCUCAACAGAGUUAAUAAAUCGUGAAGAGUAUUUGUUGGGACGCAAAAUUGACAAGUCCUUCGAAAUUCUACAGGCGGAGGAAAAGGAAAAAGAGCAACAAAAUCUUGUUGGAGUUAAGCAGCCAUUGAACCACGUUGAACACGAAUGUGUGCCAUUUUCUAUAAGAGCGUAUAAAAAUCUACAAAAUUCUGAACAAGUAGAUCUACAACGUAAAGUUAUGGAAGAUCCGUUGAUGUUGAUUAAGCAACGAGAAAUGGAAUCACGCAGAAAAAUUCUAGAAAAUCCCGUCAAAUUGAAGGAAUUACAUCGUAUUUUGAAAACGGAUGAAAAACUAAAGAAGGAAUCGAAAAAAUCCAAAAAGAGUAAAAAAUCUAAAAAGCAUAAGAAAAGAAGCAAGUCUUCAUCGUCAUCUUCUGGUAGUGACUCUGACUCAGAUCUGGAUAGUAUAUUGGCUAAGAAACUCAAAGGUGGUCUGUUGGAUAAAGACGAGGCAUCCAGUAUGGGCUUAAAUAUAAAUAAAUUAUUAGAUUCAAAAUUUGAAAAGAUCUCACAAGAACUGGAUAAAGCGGCGGGAAAGGGUAAAAAAAUUUCGAAGAAAAAUAAGUACCGAAGUGAUGAUUCAGAUUCAGGCGAAGAACAGAAUCGCACUAAAAGACGUUCCAGAUCAGCAUCUAAAAACAGAAAAGCUUUUCACAGCGAUAGAAGAUCUAGAUCAGCUUCAAGAGAUCGAGUAAGAAGACAUAAUAAAUAUGAAAAUAGAGGGAGAUCUAGAUCUCCAGUUAACAGGAAUUAUUCGGAAAGAAGGCAAGAUCGUAGAUCCAGAUCUAUUUCAAGAUCAGGAGAUAAAUACAAUUACAAUGCAGUUAAAAAGUCUAAUUAUACACAUGAUCGUAAAAGAUCAAGAUCACUUUCUAGACACAAAACAAGCAUUAGAUUUGCAAAUCGCUCACGUUCUCGUUCUAGAGAUCGCAAUGUAAGAAAUCGCAGAGUAUCAAGAUCACCAUCUAGAUCGAGAGAAUGUCGAAAUUCAAAUAAACGUAGAUCCAGAUCACGCUCAGCUUCUAAUGCACGUCUGCAAAGUAAACGUAAUUCAAGAUCACCUUCAGCGUCUAAGAAAGGUUCGCAAACACAAGAAACUAGUAGAUCCGCUGCCCAACGUUCUGGUAAACUGACGGAGGAAGAGAAGCAAGCUAAAUUACGGGAAAUGAUGUCAAAUGCAGCAUGGCGUGAAGAGGAGCGUACAGAGGUGGUACGCAAACAUCGUGAAGAAUAUGCUCGCGAGGAGGAACGCCACACAGCAAGAGAAUUCGAUAAGGAUUUUCUCAAUAAGGAAGUUAAAAAGGCUAUGGCCAACCAAACUUCAGUGGGUUCACGUCUACGCGCAAAUUUAAAUAAUAUUCAAAGAACUUCAGCAGCAAUGAAUUCAAAUUUUGCCAGAAAAUAAAGAUAUGUACAUAUUAUUUUUCUAAUUAGGAACACAUAGACAAAAACACAAAUGUUUUAUUUUAACAUUUAUUGAACAACUAAAUAACGUGUAUAUAUCUAAUCUUACAUACAUAGUAUAUUGUUCAUCAUGUAUGGAGGUACCACUGCUUACAUACAGGCAAAGUCGGCAGUAUUAUAUGCCAAUGUAAUAUGCUUCCAAUUAAAAUUGUGCUUAAUAAUAAAA